AGGAUAAUGAUUUGGGAAUCGGCAGCACGGGCGCUGGACUGCGCGAUGAAGCUGCAAGAUGGUCUGCCCCGAGUCGCGUUUGCAAAUAAUCGACAGGGAUAUAUCUUUCUCGUGUUUAUUGUCCACGUGCAGUGCUUAAUCCGCGUCUUGAACACCAGAUCCCCCCCUUCUGUGUUGAUGUUGCUGCGUUUGCAGGCUGCUGGCAACGGUAUUACUCGGAGGUUGCCGUUGCAGUCUGCCCGUUGCAAGCCCCGCAGGAAGCAGUGGAGCACGCGGCGGCAUGGCUGACAUCUUCAGCCAGUUCGACAGGAUGGCGAGCGACAUGAUGAAGGAUUUCGGCGGCAUGCGGGAGCCUGGCAGCAUGGUGGGCGGCAGGGCCGGCGGCGGGCUCGGAGGCGGCCAGUACGCGUGCCAGAGCUUCGCCAUGUGCUCGCGCAUGGGGCCCGACGGCAAGCAGCACGUGGAGAAGUACUCGUCGUCGGACGUCGGCAACACGCAGCACGGGAUCCGCGAGUCCCAGCAGGCCUACUCGAACUCGUCCACCGGGGUCGACAAGAUGGCCCUCGAGCGCCAGCUGGGCGACCAGGGCCGCAAGGUGGUGAGGGAGCGGAACCGGCACACGGCGGACGAGCGGUCCACCGAGCUCUUCCGCGGCAUGGACGAGAGCGGCAAGGACGCCUUCGACAGCCGCUUCGCGGCGCACCGCGGGCACCUGCCCGCCCACGGGGCCCUGCCCGCGGCGGGGCUCCCGGGCGCCGGCGCUCGCGCUCUGCCGGGCCACCCGGGGCGCGCCGCCGCGCCGCGGCCCGCGGCCAUCAGCGACAUCGGCAGCACCUGGUCUGGACGCUCGGCGCCCGGCGGUGGCACCCGGCGCCUCUGAUCAGCCGGGCCGCCGCGGUCGGCCCCCGCGCCCACGGCGGCGGGCUCCGCCCGCAGGCCGCCCGAGGGUAGCGCCACAGACCCGGAGAUCCAACCUUUUUUUGUUCCUCGGGCACGGAUCCCCUCCGUAUUCUCCCCUGUUCUUCGCUCGGCCGGUCCCGCACGGCGGCCCCGGCCCCUUGUGCAGUCCCUUCCGCUUCGGGGGCUCCGUGCGCACACAGACUCAGACCACGACUGCGCGGCGCGCUCGCGCGCG